AGUGAAAUUGGAAGGGUCAAGAACCAUUAUACGGGAAUGUUAAAUCGAGCGUAGUAUGUAUGAUACCCAUAGAAUGUUAUCACCUGGCCCGUAAAAUGGAGGAUUACGGUUGUGUUCUGAAAACCCCUGUUAGCGAGGUCAAAUUGCGCAUGGAAAAAAUGGUCGAAUUCCAGUCUCCAACUCUCUAGACCUUAAACCCUUGCAAGUGCCCAGACUGCAGAAGAGUUUGGUGGGAUGAAGUUGGAGUACAGAUGAUUGCAAUUGACCAUCCAUAUAUCCAUUAUCACGUCCAAUUCAGGAGAAACUGCCAAAUAUGGAGCCAUUUCCAGCAGAAUACAUGAGCCAGUAGCUCUCGCUGUCUCUCUCUGUGAAGGGCAUGCAUGGGUUUUAAAUUAGAGGGUGCAUAAGCUUAGGUCUGACACAUUUGAGCAUCGAUGGAAAUGAUUUGUUGCUCGUUUUCCCCUUACUCGAGUACAACGGAAGGAGGGACCUCGUCACCUUUGCGGAGUCGGAUGAGUCGCCUCCUGUCUUCUCGUCGGACUGUCACGUCAUCCGCAGUCCCCGCUCUGCUUUCCUCUCGGCAAACCCUCGAGGUUUUACCCGUGCUCUCUGUGCACUUCACGGUGUGUCGUGUCUGACGAUGCAAAUGCACCGUCUUAGUUAACUGGAUUUCCGAGUUCGUCGGAAUUUAGUUCCCACCGAGAGAAGAGGAGGGAGGGAGGGAGGGAGUCUGGUGGGGAAAGCUGCGUGAUUGUAUGUGAUUGAAGUGGCACUUUUAUAGACGAACGUAGACGAAAAUGAGUGAGAUCCUAUGAGUGAGAAGGAGUCAUUAAGGGUGGAAGAACAUGGAACGUAUGUAUGGAGAAGGAAGCCAGAUGCAGGGCAACCUUCAGAGCCAAAAUCACGAAUAUAACAAUCGCCCGGGCACUGCAAGUACUGCUUCACAGUCUGCUGAAUUCGGUUCGCGCCCAAACGUAAUUUUCGAUGGAAAGCGAAUGCGUAAGCCUGUCCAUCGCAGAACGGUUGAUUACAGUUCCACCGUGGUGCGCUACCUUCAGGUCAGGAUGUGGCAGCGUGACGUUCGUGAUGCCCACAUACUGCAACCAACUCCAGCAGCAGCUGUGGAUUUGCUGCCAGCCGUUGCUUACCCCGAUAAUCCUUCAACCAGCUUUGCAACCAAGUUUGUGCAUCCCUCCACCAACAAAGUACGCUGUUCUAUAAACAGGGUCCUGUGGACGCCUACGGGACGAAGACUUAUCACGGGAUCUCAAAGUGGAGAAUUUACUCUCUGGAAUGGUCUGUCAUUUAACUUUGAAAUGAUAUUGCAGGCACAUGACCUAGCAGUGAGGUCGAUGGUUUGGAGUCACAAUGAAAACUGGAUGGUUACUGGGGAUGAUGGUGGCUGCAUCAAGUACUGGCAAACCAACAUGAAUAAUGUCAAAGCAAACAAAACUGCUCACAAGGAAGCUGUACGGGACUUGAGUUUCUCCAGUACAGACCUCAAGUUUUGUUCUUGUUCCGACGAUACGACUGUUAAAGUGUGGGACUUUGCGCGCUGUCAAGAAGAGCGAUCUCUUGCCGGCCAUGGAUGGGACGUGAAGAGCGUUGACUGGCAUCCUCAGAAGUCUCUGCUUGUAUCAGGAGCGAAGGACAAUCUGGUUAAGCUUUGGGAUGCCAAAACAGGCAAAGAGUUGAGCACAUUACAUGGACAUAAAAAUACUGUCCUUUCCGUCAAGUGGAACAGCAACGGCAAUUGGGUCAUCACUGCUUCCCGAGAUCAGACAAUUAAAUUAUAUGACAUUCGUACCUUGAAAGAGUUGGAGUCGUAUCGAGGUCAUCGGAAGGAGGUCACAGCCUUAGCUUGGCAUCCCUUCCACGAGGAACUUUUCGUCAGUGGCAGCUACGACGGGAGCAUAAUACACUGGCUAGUCGGACACGAAAUUCCCCAGGCAGAAGUUGCCAAUGCACACGAGAGCAGCGUAUGGGAUUUGGCGUGGCAUCCUAUGGGCCAUAUAUUAUGCAGUGGAAGCAACGACCACACAACCAAGUUUUGGUGCCGGAAUCGUCCAGGGGAUUCACUUCGAGACUGUCGACAGGCCAUCCCACAUUCGCAAGGGAAUCCAGGCGAUUCUUCAGCUCCUUCUGGUGGUCGGGCGUCUUUAACUGCAGCAUCAACAGAUGGUCCAGUAACACCUGGUCCCUUUACAGGCGGAGGACCUGUCCGUGGUGAAGGUGCCAUUCCUGGUGUAGGAAUGGCGAUGCCUAUGCCCCAGGCUCCCUGUGACACUGUGGUCGCAGCACCUGCUCUUCAAGCAGUUUUAGGGGUCAUGACCCCGAACACCGUUCCAAUCAAUCCACCCCCUCCGAAUACUCCUUAUCCGGCUGCAGCCCAAUCCAAUUUGCAGCAACAGCAACAACAACAACAACAACAACAGCAACAACAGCAACAUCAGCAACAGAUGCAGCAGCAACAGAUGCAACAACAGCAACAGGUUCAGCAGCAGCAGAUGCAAAGCAUGCAUGGUCUGGGAGGACAAACUUUACAAGUAGCACCUGCAUUUCCUCAACAACCCCCCGGACUUCCUCCACAUUUGAUGCAACAGAGUGUUCUUCCAAUGCCUCCUGGUGCCCCACCACCUCCACCGGCGCCGAAUGCAGGUCCUUUCGUGCAGGGGCAGCCGCCUAUGAGACAGAUGGUGGGCCCAUCCCCACCUAUGGGUCUGCCGCCAAUGCUAGCUGGACCGAACUUAGGAGGGGUGCAAAUGGCAAUGGGUACACCAGCACCUUUUGGAGCAGGGCCUCAGCGACCUUCCGGCAUGGGACCGAGUGUUUCUUCACCAUUUGGGACUUCAAUUGCUCAGCCCAUGCCAGGUCCAAUGGUUACCUCUCCGGCCAAUAACACAUUUCAGGGAGCUGCCCCCUCGGCCAUGAUGGAUGUUCGGGCCCAUGGGAUGAACGUUGGAUUGGCAAUGGGGAUGGCAAUGGGUUUGCCUCCUCAUCCUCAUGGACCUGGUCCUCCCCAUUCUUAGUCUUGUCCUACAUUUUUUGUAGUUCGCAUACUUAGCCCUAUAUGUACGUAGGUAGAGUUUCAAAUAAACUGUAACGGCACUCCACAUUACUGUACACAUGUCACUGAGGUGCUUUUUGUGUGUAAUGUGAAGUAUAUUUUCGCAGCAAUUUGCAAUUGCCUGGUGUUGCUGAAAGUCCAUUUCUGAAUGACAGUUGAGAUUCAUUUGUUCUGUGCUGGUUGUCGAACAAAGCCUUCCCACGAAACUGCUAGAAAGUGGUUAAACCAGCAUAUGAACGUUGAGAUAGAUACUAAGUGACUCGAAAGGAGACAGCGAACUGGAAACUAUGGAAGCAGGAUACAGGAACACAAAUGUAAGUGGUCCAUCUGCCAGUGCUUUUAACUCUUCCUUCCAAACUGUAGUAGCCGCCCAGGUAGGUCACCUGGUAUCUGCACCUACGGCAAUAGCCUGCCCACGGUAGGAGGUACACGGUGUCUCUACCUCCUUUGUGGAGAAAUUCUAGUUCUAAGGUAAUUGGAAGGAACCAGAUUAAAAAUUCUUUUGUAUGGACUCAUGAGAAGAGAAUAAAGUGAAGUUCGUCAAGGACUUGUUUAGC